ACCGCUUCUCCUGCCCAAGCCACAAUGCUGCUCCCGCUGCUCCUGACCUUCCAGGGACUUCUUCUCCAUCCUGCGGCAAGCACCGGGGCCUCAGCCUGGGCCCCGGGCCCCCCUGGCGCGGCCACAGAGGACCGGGUCUCCUUCCGUCUGCUCCAGGCCAGCUCAUUUGCCAACCGUAGCUGGGCACACUCGCAGGGCUCGGGCUGGGUGGGCGAGCUGCAGACGCACGGCUGGGACCCGGCGCUGGGCACCAUCCGCUUCCUGUGGCCCUGGUCCCAAGGCAACUUCAGCAUGCAGAUGCUGGAGAACAUCCAGAACCUGCUCCGGCUGUAUUUCCGCGGGUUCACCAUCGAAGUUCGGGCCUUCGCCCAGGAGUUCCAGUUCGAGUACCCCUUUGAGCUCCAGGUGUCAGCUGGCUGUACACUGCGAGCCGGGAAGCCUUCGGGAAUCUUCUUCAACGGGGCCUAUCAAGGCUCGGAUUUACUGAGUUUGCAGGGAAACUCCUGGCAGCCGUCCCCGGGAGCAGGGAGUCGGGCUCAGAAGGUCUGUGCCGUGCUCAACCGCUACCGAGAUAUUAAGGAAAUCGUGCUGAGCCUUCUGAGCAACACCUGCCCCCAGUUUCUGGCAGGCAUCCUGGCAGCAGCGCAGGCCGAGCUGGGACGACUCGUGAAGCCGGAGGUCUGGCUGUCCCGUGGCCCCAGUCCCGGUCCCGGCCGUCUGCUGCUGGUGUGCCACGUCUCCGGCUUCCACCCAAAGCCAGUGUGGGUGAUGUGGAUGCGGGGUGAGCGGGAGCAACGGGGCACCCGGCGAGGCGACGUCCUGCCCCAUGCCGACGGAACGUGGUACCUCCGGGUGACCCUGGACGUGGCGGCGCGGGAGGCGGCCGGCCUGUCCUGCCGAGUCAAGCACAGCAGUCUGGGAGGCCACGACAUAGUCAUCCACUGGGGUGGAGACUGGGCCCUGUUGACACUGAUGUGUCUGGCGGUGCUGGUCACCCUCCUCCUGCUGCUGGUCCUGCACUCCUCGCUUAAAGAGCUCAGCACAAAUGGGAAAGCUGUGACCCCCGGUGCACCCAGUCAUGACUCUGCCACAGUGGCCAACGACCCAGGACCCAGGACUUCUGAACACCAGCUCCAUGCCCCUCGGGAAUCAUGGCUCAAGAACAGACUUUUAAAGAAACUGAAAGCAAGCCUGACCCCACUCUGGCAACAUUAGCUUUCCCUCCCAUAGAAAAUCCGUUUCUGUUUCUUCUUAAACAUGGUUCAUCCCUAUAAACAAAGCAUAUUUUUGAUUACAAAAAAAGCUUGUUAUGGCAGAAAUCUUGAGUCCUUUAGAAAUCUGUAUUUUUUUUUUCUUUUUCCUGUCUUCCAGCAAUAUCUUUUCUGUCUUGGCCACAUCUUUAUUGCUUAUGAUUCUUCAAAUUAUAAUUCAGAUUCUUCUUUCUCACGGAUGCUUCCCUAGAUUGCCCAACUGAAAGCUCUUCCAAGAUUGGACAGAUGGUCCCAAAUAUGUUCAUCUCUUCCUACUCUAAACAUGAUUAUUUAGGCUUUUGCUUUUCUGUUUUUUUUCCUCAGUUGCUUGAUAGCAGGCUGCAGGUGUGUGUACCUGUAACCAAAAAUCUGACCUGGAUUCAGGGUGUGCUUCAUGGGCAUGUGACCUGUGCAGCGGCUGCUGUCUUGAAAUCCUUAAUAAAACUUGGAGACGCUGUAUUUUCAUGUUGUACUGGUCCCAUAGAUUGUGUAGCUGGUGUAGAGCAAGAUGUUUUUCAGUAAACUCUAAUUGAAAUAAAUUCUUUUUCAAAUUGA